AUGUAUUGGUGGUAUGAGUGUUCUAAAUGGUACGAUGCCAAAAUAGCAGUUUGGAUGUAUCGCCAAUCGCUGUGCACACAGAUAGCAUCGCGUAUGAGUUAUAUAUUCGGUUUACUUAUGUCUGGUUUGAUAGUGCUAGUAAAUACGCUAACUCUCUUUGGGUUGCGGAGGCAAGCAAAGAAACUAAAGCGAUUAUAUAACACAAACGCUGCAAAAUCUGAUACUCGAAGCUCGCAAUCAAGAUUGAACAUGAAUUUUUACAUACAGGGAUGUGUCACUGCAACAAUUCUCGUGAUUACACUGAUUGGAUUUCAUUUUCUGCCUACACCUAAACGUACUUCACAGAUACAGUAUGUACUAAUCAACGUAGUGAUAUGGGAGACCGUCCAAACUAGCAAUGCCGUUGUCCUCCUACUCUUUAAUAAGCCCUUUCGCAAAUUGUGUAAGCCACGACGGAUGUCCCUGCACUCCACCACUGCGACCUUAUUUUGA